CUCCCUUUCACCAAGCGCCCCUCCUGAGAUGGGAUGCCUGCAGACUGCCCCUCUGCCCUGAGCUCUCCUGGGCUGUCAUGAACAGCUACAGAGACGGAGGGGUAACUUGCACCUCCUCAGACCUUCUAGAUGGAGGUGGAGGUUUGCCCCAGCCCAAGUUGUUUCGUCACACCCCUAAUGGCCUCCCAGCUCCCGGCCCAGCCGACCCAACGAUCCAGUCGCGCGUCUCCGUGCCCAAAAUGGGUGUCCGUGCGCGGAUUGCUGAAUGGCCUCCACGUCGCGCACAGUCCCGGGAGUCGCUGCUUGAAAAUGGGCAAAAUGGCAGCAAUCACUAUGACGACCUCUCCCUUUCAUCUUCUGUUCUGUCAUCUGACGUCAAGUUGGUGCGCGGGGGGCUCGCCAGGUUGCCCCAAAGAUGGUCAAAGGAUGUGGAGUUCAGCGGAGGAGGGGUUAUGGGGGAGAGAGGUUCACCUGUCAACUCCAGAGUGUUCCGACCCUUGAGACAGCGCUCCAGCAGUGAAGUGACGCUGAGUGAGCAAGAUGACAAUGAGGUUGUGGUCCGUGGAGGUGUCGGGAUGGGGAACAAGUUCCGAGAGUACGGCAGCACCUCUUCAAUCAAUGACCAGGGCAUUUCUAAUCUGAGUUUCUUUGACAUGAUCAGCCAGUUCAACCAGGUGAAGCCCGACCAGCGCAGCUCAGCACCCACACAGAUUGGGGAGCUGCUGCGCCCCCAAGACUCAGCGCUCAGGGCACCUCUACCCUCUGCUCCUUCACCUGGUCCUGCAUCCGGAGAUGACCAAGGAACAGGAAGGAGGGACGGUUCUGAGAGAGUCCGAAAGAAAAGUGGAGGGACCGAGUCAUCACUGGGCACCUCUGGUUUGCUCCGGAAGAUCCGGAGUUCUAGUAGAGGGGAGCUGGACGGAGGAAAAGGAGAAACUAAUGAAGAGAGGGGAGGGAAAGGUUCCACAGAUGCCUCCUACAAACCGUGGGUUUGUCCUAAGAGCUUUGUCCACUUCGAUGCUCAGAGCAUCCUGUUUGACCUCCACGAAGCAGCGGCUCAGCGCAGCUUCGACACCCAGCGGAGGAACACGGCCACAGGUGCAUCAGCUGCUUCAGUGUCUCCCUCUAUCCCCAGCAGAUCGUCAGCUCCAAACUUAAAUGAACAUAUUUACUCCAGCAUCGAGGAUCUGACCCAGAAUGUUGAUCCGGGCACCACAACACCCUCUCUGGUUAUGGAACCUUUGGAUGGGCCAUCGACCAACAGCUCAAGCCCAUUGCUUCUCUCCUGCCCUCACUUUGUAAAUGAAACCGGUGGGCACUCAGAGCGAAACAUCAGCUUCCUCAGUUCAUCAGUGGAGCGGGGAGAUGGAGAAGGAGGAAGAGGCUGGCUGAGGAAAAGUAACGCUAGCAUGUCGGUGCUAGAGAUACCAAUUGAACAGCAAGUGUCAAGACUGGAAAGACUGAAACUGUACAGUAUAGAGCACGUUGACCUGGGGGCCCGCUAUUACAGAGACCACUUCUAUGAAAAAGAGCACUCAAACUACUUUGGGACGGAUAAUAAGCUGGGACCUGUCGCUGUGAGCAUCCGCAGAGAGAAACUGGAAGAUACCAAAGACCUGAAAGACCAGUACCAGUAUCGCAUCAUCGCCAGAACAAGUGAGCUUGUAACCCUGCGAGGCUGCGUUUUGGAAGAUGCGGUGGCGUCCACGGAGAAACACGGCACGGUUCGAGGUCUUCUUCACAAAGAGGUCCUGGAGCAGGUUGUGCCCGAGUUAAACGUCUCCUGUUUGAGACAGGCGCUCAAAACCGCCAAAGUCAAAGAUCAGCUCCUGAAACUGGAUGAACAAGGGCUGAGUCAGAAGCACAAAGUGGGUGUUCUUCUAUGCCGAGCGGGUCAGCGCACAGAGGAGGAGAUGUACAACAACGAGAAGGCAUCACCUGCCUUCUCUGCCUUCCUGGAGCUGCUGGGGGAGCAGGUGCUCCUCAAAGGAUUUGACAAAUACGCUGCGCAGCUCGACACAAAGACUGACUCAACGGGCAUCCACUCCCUUUACACGACCUACCAGGGCUACGAGGUCAUGUUCCAUGUGUCCACCAUGCUGCCGUACAUGCCCAACAACCCACAGCAGCUCCUGCGAAAGAGGCACAUAGGGAACGACAUUGUCACCAUAAUCUUUCAAGAGCCAGGAGCCCUGCCUUUCACCCCUCAAAACAUUCGCUCCCAUUUCCAGCAUGUCUUUAUUGUUGUUCGUGUUCACAAACCCUGCCCUGACAACACUUGCUACAGUGUUGCUGUGACCCGGAUGAAAGACGUGCCUCAUUUUGGACCCCCCAUCCCCAACGGAGCCACCUUCCGUGACCCAGAGACUUUUCGCAACUUUCUCUUAGCAAAAGUUAUCAACGCUGAAAACGCAGCGCACAAGUCGGAGAAAUUCCACACCAUGGCGACGCGAACGCGGCAGGAGUAUCUGCGAGACCUGGCCGAGAACUACGUCACCAGCGCGCCGCUCGAAUCAGCCGGGAAAAUCAUCCGCUUUAAGAAACGUGAGCGCUCGAAAGCAAGAGAGGGUGCCGAGCUGGGGGCUGCAGGGGCCAUCGCCUGGAGGGUCCUGGCUCAGGACUUCAGUGGAGGAGGUGCAGAGCUCCCCUGUGCUUUGGGUAUCUCAGAGGAAUACGUGCUCCUCAUAGACUGCGCCACCAAAGAUGUGGUGUUUAACUGUUUCUGUGGGGACGUUAUUGGCUGGACACCGGAGCGACUGGCGUUAAAGAUCUUCUAUGGAAGAGGGGACCAUAUUGCUGUGAGAGUACCAGAUGGCUGUGCGCAGGAUAUCAGGGAGAUGGUGCAAAGAUUAAAGUCGCUGACAGUUGGAUGUUCGACGGUGGAAAUGACUCUAAGAAGAAACGGACUGGGACAGCUGGGCUUCCACGUUCGCCUAGAUGGCACUGUAGCUGAGGUGGAGGAGUAUGGCUUCGCCUGGCAGUCGGGACUGAGGCAAGGCAGUCGAUUGGUUGAGAUCUGCAAGGUGGCUGCUGUGACACUGACUCACGAGCAGAUGAUUGACCUGCUGAGGACGUCAGUCACAGUGAAAGUGGUCAUCAUUCCUCCGUUUGAAGAGGGCGGACCGCGCAGGGGGUGCACAGAGGAGUAUGAAAUGAAGACCAUGGAGCAGAAGCCCGAGCCCCUGGCAGCAGGAUAUCGGCCCUCCCCUCGUCAAACCUGGAGAUGGGAAAGCUCGCCCAUUCCUCCAGGCCUCCACAGCGCUCCCAUCCAGCCACACUGGCCCCCCGUGGUCGCCCCACCUCCUCCAAUAUUCCGCAAACCCAAAACCAUGAUGCCAGCUCCCUACAGAGAACCACAGCACCUCGUCCCCAAGAGGCCAGUGAGUUACCCUGAGAACCACUACAGCUUUUCCCCUGCAGGAGGCGACAGAGGCGUGGUGUACAGAAACCCCUCAGCCAGCGUCUCCUCCCCCUCCUCAGGCCUGGUGGGCCUCGCCACCGUCGGGUCACCUGGAAUGACGCCCGGUCCCUUUGUACGCUACAAGCCUUCGCCCGACAGAUUUGGAUCAGUGCAGCGCCCUCUGCUGUCCUACGAACCCCUCCUCAGUGUGGAUAUCUUCUCCAGUGGAGAGUCUUCAGGCUUCACCAGUCAAGAAAGCACCAUGGAACGCAGCAAAACAGAACCUCUCUGGCAUGUCCCAGCAUCAUCAUCAUCUCGAGGACCAGGUGGCGGAGGGGGGCAGAGGAGACUAAACAGACAGGAUGUCCCGGGGAAAGACUCACCGAACAGACACUCGAAGGGUGAGACUCAGUACUCCAGCCACUCCAGCAGCAACACUCUGUCCAGCAACGCGUCCAGCAGCCACAGCGACGAGCGCUGGUUCGACGGGGGGCCCGCGGGAGAGCGAGGGGUCGACCUCGUGGAUCCCAACCCCGACCUCCUCAACAAAGGAGGCUCCAACGACAGCGGCAUCGACGCCUCCACUCCCUACAGCAACUCUCGCCACGGGAACAUGUCCAGCAGCCAGCCCCACAUCCUCGUGCAUGGCUCCGCAGCCUACAGCGUCACCCCAGAGCUGUCUGUGGGGAGGAGCAGCGGCGACGGCGAAACAAAGAGACGAGAAUCUUCCCCCGUUUUACCAGCUGCUGCCAAUCAGAGCAAAGGAUACAUGACAAAGACGUUCCCACUUCCUGGUUCGAGUGCUGAGAAAAAAGAUCCUUUCAAACCAAGGGCGUACACACCACAGGGUUACAAGACUCCCACUUCAGAGAAAGCUCGGCCUGUCCGAGCUUCUACGACCACGCCCACUUCAUCUCAAAUGAACUCCGCCCCUUUAUCCAGCUCUGCCCCCAAGACAUUUUACAGAAAAGGCAAACCAGCAGCCCGGCCAACAGAAGAUGGCACCUCGUCACACUCGAACACAAAACCUUUCUCCUCCGACAGCAGCAGCAGCAAGAACAGGCAGGUGGAUACAAACUCCAAAAACGUGUUUGGACAACCUCGGCUCAGAGCGUCACUGAGGGACCUGCGUUCUCCACGCCGGACAUAUAAGAGCACCGUGGAAGACGACCUGAAGAAGCUGAUCAUCAUGGACGGCCCUGGAGAGAUGCUGCAGGGCGAUCCGUCUCCCAGACACACCUUGCAACGCACUUUUUCUGAUGAGUCUCUGUGCAGCGGGCGCAGAGACGCCGGCUUCGCCUGCUCCGAGAGCCAAACGACCCCCGGCGACGUGCUGUUCACCUGCACGCUGCCCACACGCAAACACUCGAGCUCCUCCAACCACUCGCAGGGCAAAAAGAUGCCGCUGUCUUCAUCAGAGUUGUCCCUUACAGAAGUAAAAGACAAAGUUCCCCCCUUGAAGAGACUGGAUCCUGGGCUGAUGCCCCUCCCUGACACCGCCUGUGGACUGGAGUGGUCCAGCCUGGUUAAUGCUGCUAAAGCUUACGAAGCACAAAGAGCUGUUUCUCUCCUAUCACUGACCGAGCCGCAGCCCGGAGGUCCCGAAACGAGACCAGUUAGCAGUCCGGUCCAGUUUCAGACUCCUCAGACACCACGGACCACACCAACGAUCAGCAGCGAUGAGGUGCCCAACAAUUUGACAAGUAAACUCUACCAACUAGAACUGAUGUUACAACAGCUGAACAACGAUCUAGAAAAGGAGAAGCAGGAUAAAGCGGCCCUGCUGGCAGAGAUGGCGAACCUGAGAGAGAACAACCAGCGCCUGCAGGAGGAGAGCCAGACGGCCAGCAAGCAGCUGCUCAAGUUCAACAAGCUUUUCACCAACGUCAGUCCAGGAAGUGACCACGAGGCCCACGCCCUGACACACAGCAGCGGCUCACAGAGGGAGUGACGGAGCGUCGCAGAAAACUUGUCAAGCCCAGGCUCGCCACAAACCCUCUAUACCCAUGAUUCUUUGCACUCACAGGUGCGGCAGAGGACGCAAUGAUGUCGACCCCUCAGCUCCCACUGAACUGCCUUAAACCAGAGACGGUGACAAAAUAAAUAAAGUAUCUGGGUUUUUAAAAAAUGCAACACCCCUAGAAAGUCUGGGCAGAGACACCCCUCCCUAC